AUGGAGACGGCCAGCAAAGAAGCAAAUCUGGAGGAUGGGGCAGAGGUGAAGACAGAUGCCGUCAGGACCGACACAGACCCGCCGAAGCCUGGGUGUCUCGCCCGGGCGUCGACUGAGCUAACCACCGCUGAUUGGCUCGCAGUCUGGGUCGGCCUGCUCUGCUUUUUGCCUCUUCUGCCGCUCGCUCUGCUCGUGGUCCCAGGUCCUGAGACUGAAGCCGACCCGGUGCGCGUCAAAUAUUUGCUGCCUCAGCCCAUGGACUGGGCCUCGGAUCCUUUUGCUUCGUGGGAUCAAUACAACGCCACCUUGACCUGGCCGCUCCUCGCACUGAUGGGCGCGACCUAUUGGGUCUACCUGCGCCUGACGGGGAAGCUUGGAAAGACGGCACCGAUUAGGUACCUCGUUGGCUUCAUCGUGGUGUCCCUGUUGGGCACCGGGUGCCUCUGGCUUGGGCGGUACACGAAGCUCUCAUCUUUUGGGGUGUCUUACGCCAUCUACGCCAUAUUCAUUGGCAUGUUCCUUGGCAAUGUUGCCGAGCUGUCGCCGUCGCUCAGCGCGGCGGCUGAUAAGUGGCUGCUGCCGGUGGCGAAGGACGGAGAGUUUAUGAUCAAGAUCGCGCUGGUGCUUUACGCGAAGUCCUACGGCGUCAUCUGGUCCAUCGGCCUCCCUGGCAUUAUCGUUGGCUGGGUAGGCUCUCCGCUCGCCGUGAUGGCGGGCUGGUUCAUUGGCACACGGCUGCUGGGGAUGGACAAUCGCGCUCAGGUCAUGCUACUCUCCGUUGGCGCCGCCUGGUGUGGCGCGUCGGGCAUGGCGGCGGUGCAGCCCAUCGUCGGCGCCACCGGCGACGAGCUCACGCUCUGCAUCUCCAUCGUCGUCCUAUUCACGUUAGCCUUCCAGCUCCUACAGCCGUAUUUCGCAAUCUGGGCGGACAUGGAUGACGCUGUCGCCGGCGCGUGGAUUGGCGCGUCGGUUGACCAGACCGGCAACGUCCUCGUCUCGGCUGCGAUCGUGAGCGACGAGGCAACCGAGGUGGGCGGCGUGGUGAAGAUGAUCCUGAACGCCGGCCUCGGCUUCAUCUGCCUCGGCAUCGCAAUCUUUUGGUCGCUGGAGGACGCCAAGCGCGCGAGCCGCCAGUCCGCGACGCCGGCCCGCGCCGGCCUAGGCAUGCUAUGGCAAAAAUUUCCCAAAUUCGUCUUGGGGUUCCUGCUGCUGUCGCUGAUCGUGACGCUGCUGGAAAGCCCUCUCGCGGGCACCGCCGCUGGGGUGGCCAUACCACGCGCCUGCUCGAGCCUGAGCACGUGGUGGAUGUGCAUCGCCUUCAUCAACAUCGGCAUCACCACCUCCUGCAGCAAGCUGUUCAAGGGGGUCACCAGCGGCGGCGGGGCCAUCGUGAAGCUCUACCUGCUCGCCAACACGGUGGAUAUUGCGCUCGGUCUUGGCCUCGCCUACGUGUGCUUUGGCGGCAACAAGGGGGCGGCGUCGGAUCCGAGCGCCUCCGCCCGAGGCGGCUUCUCGUACGUGGCUGCAGAGGUGAAGCAAAUGUAG